UUUCAGUCACAAAGACUGAGAGACCUAACCUCAGCCACACAGGGUGUCUGCAGUCACAGACAGUGCAUUCAUAAAGAGAAGAAGCGUGGUAGGCACUGUGUACAGAGAUGACUGGAAGCUCUGCAUCUGCUCACAGAGAAACUGCAGCAAAUGGACACAAAGUUUCCUCAAACGGGACAGAACAGAAGGACAGGAAGGUAGAACUGGGGAAGAAGGUGACCCUGCUCCGAGGCAUCUCCAUCAUCAUCGGGACCAUCAUCGGAGCUGGGAUCUUCAUCUCGCCGAAGGGAAUCCUGAAGCACUCCGGCAGUGUGGGAGUGUCCCUGCUGGUGUGGAUUGCCUGUGGCGUGCUGUCCCUCUUUGGAGCCCUGUCCUAUGCUGAGCUGGGAACAUGCAUUAAGAAGUCUGGCGGGCAUUACACAUACAUAAUGGAAGCGUUUGGACCUCAGAUGGCUUUUAUAAGAUUAUGGGCUGAUCUCAUUGCUAUAAGGCCUGCAGGCAUGGCGGUCAUUUCUCUGGCCUUUGGUCAGUAUAUCCUGGAACCUCUGUUCAUGCCAUGUGGUAUCCCCCCCCUGGCUGUCAAACUGGCCACAGCCAUUGGCUUAACAUCUGUUAUGUACCUCAACAGUAUGAGUGUAACGUGGACAGCCAGGAUUCAGAUCUUCCUCACUGUCAGCAAGCUGCUGGCCAUUGCCAUCAUAAUAGUGCCAGGGAUGUACCAGCUCUUUAAAGGAGAGACCAGACACUUUGAGAAUGCCUUUGACCUGAGUAAUGUGCAGCUCUCUGGUAUGCCACUGGCUUUCUACUCUGGGAUGUACGCGUAUGCUGGAUGGUUCUAUCUGAACUUUGUGACAGAGGAGGUGAACAACCCUGCAAAGACUGUUCCACUCGCCAUCUGUAUCUCCAUGGCAAUUGUGACUUCUUGCUAUGUGCUCACCAAUGUGGCAUACUACACUGUAAUGUCAGCUGAGGAGCUCCUGGCCUCAUCAGCUGUUGCUGUGACAUUUGCAGAGAGGCUUCUGGGGAACUUCUCUAUAGCUGUCCCGGUAUUUGUAGCCUUGUCCUGCUACGGCUCCAUGAACGGCUGCAUCUUUGCCCUGUCAAGAAUGUUCUACGUAGCUUCACGUGAAGGCCAGCUCCCUGAGGUUUUGUCUAUGAUCCAUGUCCGCAGACACACUCCACUUGCAGCUGUCCUGAUAAUGUACCCUAUGACCAUGCUCCAGCUGUUAGUUGGAGACAUCUACAGUCUGCUGAACUUCAUGAGCUUCCUGCGAUGGCUGUUCAUCGGUGUGGUGGUGCUGGGUUUGAUCUACCUCCGAUACACAAAGCCGGACCUCCCCCGCCCUUUUAAAGUUCCACUGUUUUUUCCAGUGGUGUUCUGCAUCACAUGUUUCUUCAUGGUCUUCCUGUCUCUGUACUCGGACCCUGUUAACACAGGAAUAGGAUUUGCCAUUUCCCUCACUGGCAUCCCUGCGUACUACAUCUUUAUUUACUUCAACCACAGACCAAAGUGGCUUCAGAGGACUUUAGAUUCCUUCAACCGAACCAUGCAGAUCAUCCUGGAGGUUGUUCCAGCUGACCAAUAACAGCACACAAGCAUUACAUCACCAGCACAAUCAGAUAAAUGCAGAUCUUUUUUUACUGAAAUUAUUUUAUUUUAUUUUAUUUUUACUUAUUUGUCACUGAUCUUUGGGAACAUUGUGAUUAUUUAUGUAAAAGGAGAAGAAAUGUUGCCUUUUGCUUUGUACAACCUAUACAUUAUACAUAAAUGAUACUAUUGUGUGUUUAAUAUGUUUUCAAAGCAUUUAACGAUUUGUCUAAUUAGUUAUUGAAUGCUCUUUGUCAUAUGAUCAACAUUUCAUUAAAUGGUAACAUUUGCAAACAUAGAACACAUUGAACAUAUAAGCCCCAUCCACCUGCCCAACCAAACUUGUUGUUUAUAAGGACAGCCAAUCAGAAGGUGAAGAAAGAGAGUAAGGAGAUGUCUUGUUUCAGCAAAGGAUCAUCCAUUAUGGCCCAAUUUGUAAUAAAUAAGAAUCGUUUUGAACUGGGAAUCAUGCAUAGCUACUUUAGUCUAAGAAUAACAUCUUUGCUUCUGUGACUGCUUAGAGUUUAAAGGGGACUUACAGUAUUAUGCUUAUUUCUUGCUUUCUGAGCUUAUUUAGGUACCAUGGAACAAUAGUCUGUAAUUAGUGACUUUAUUAUAAUUGUAUUAUAGUUAUUUAAGAUAAGAGUUUUUGAUCAGUAGGUUUUUUCAUUGUUUGAUCUUUUUCACAUAUCACAGUCGUUUGAUCGUCAGUAUUGUUACCUCUUAUUAAUGUAACAUAACAGACUGAAUUUUUUUAUUUUUUUUAAAUAUGCUUUCAGCUCAUGAAGCAGAGAAAAUCAUCUCCCCAACUUUUUGAUGUGGAUGCUGACAGCAUGUUCACUGCUCAUAAAUCAGCUUAACUCUGCAUUCAUUUUAUUAUGGUGCAACAGGCCCACAGUUCUCAUUCUUCUAACCACCUGCCAUGGACCCCUCAGCUUGUUACACCCAUGACAGACUCCCAACUCCAGCUGAAGCUCAGAAACUAACUUACUACAGUUGAAUUUAAACCAUUCAGCUACAAAUUUAAACCACUGACUAAUGGGGAAGUUGUGAUUUAAUAUGGUUUGUGAUGCAGGUUGAUUAUGUGAGUGUUUCCUCUCUUUGGGUUUUAGCAUGCAGAUGGUUCAGCCCUAACAUUUGGACCUUUGCCAUUUGACUCCAUCAUUUCAUUACUUCUCUGACUUUAUGUAUAUCUCUGCUCCCCCGGCACUCCAUUCACAUUUCACAUUUCACAUUCAGACUGCAUCAGCACCAAGCACUUCCCUCCGCCUGCAUCAGGAAUGAAGGGGCGAAGGGGCUUGGCUUUGUGUGUCUUGGUGUUAUAAUCUUAUUUCAAGAGGUGAGAGUUUGUGUGUGUGUGUGUGUGUGGUGUGUGUGGUGUGUGUGGUGUGUGUGUGCAGACUGCAGAUGUGGCUGCUCUGAGUCCCCUGGGUGGGAUUUGCAGGUAAUCUGUCUGUGUAACUGCUACCCUGUGGCACGCUGCAUCCCCUUUCAGUUCUGUGUCCUGUAAAUGGAGGGCUUUUACUGCUGAUGAGAGGAUGGCAGCAUAGAGAGAAAAUGCCCAGGAGCUUCCACUUUAGCUGUGAAACAUUUAAAAAAAUCGGGCUUAAACUGAGCUAACACCAGCCUUUUUGUUGGCUAGGAGCAGCUAGAUGUGGAUACAGUGCAGGCGUUUGGACAAUCACAGCAAUGCUUCAGGAGCUACCUGUGCUCCAGCUGGAGUGUUAGUUUAACAAUUAAAUGGGUUUAGGAUUCAGAUUUAAUGAACACCAUGAAGGUAACCCAGUCUCCUAAUGCCUGUGACAUAUUAUGAGACUGGCUUACCUCUGCACCACCACGUGCUGCUGUUGUACAGACACAAAAAAGGAAAAUAUGAUUUUUCGCUCAUGAGAAGAAAUGUUAUGGUUUCUUACAGUCUUAUAGUGUGUUCAAUAUUAUACAUGUUACAUAUUGGGUGAUAGUGUUUUGCUAAAUCCUUCCAGGACUUAAAUAGAUUUUAAGUUACCUAAUAAAUAAAGUUCUUUUCAGCACAGUA